UUUUCGGUGAAUGGAAUCCUUGUUGAUAUCCGAAAGUUUCGUUCAGUUGUGUGAUGAUUGAGUUUAUUAUAUGGUUUAACCCUAUAAUUUUAAUGAAAUAGCUUCCUUCCUUCCUUCCUCAAUGGCAGGCGAGUGUAGCUCAAUCUAUAGAAAUGUCCCAAACACAUAUUCUGCCACUUUUUUUAAUUUUAUUAGCUCCAGUGGAGGGCGAAAGGGAGAUGAUAUUCGAAAUGAAAACUUCUUAUGAAGAGGCUGACAAUGGCACCUUGUUAUGCUACUUGAAGUGUAAGUCGGACAGAAUUCAAUAUACAGUAGAUAGCAGUAUAUUCUUAGACUUGAUAAAUAUCUUUCCCGAUGAAAAAUUUUUCAUACUUGACGGAGCUAUCAGGAAUAUAAUGUUAGAAUGUAUGGGAUCCAAUCUAUCAACGAAAACUUGUGGGGAGAACUACAGCAGAUGUAAACCUCUUAUAUCGAAGUUUUCGAAUAUAAGCGGUGAAAAUUCAACAUGCUGCCUCCAGGAGAUCUAUCCGGAUAAGUCGAAGCUAGACUGGCGCAAUUUCCUGGGUUUUCCAGAGGGAACGGAAUGUCUGAUGAAAUGUAUUAAAGCGCAAACAAGUAUUUUCAAUAAGAAGGGGGAAGCUGAUGCUUCGAAUGUAUACAGAAAUACGGAAUUUGUUGAUAUUAUUCCAGAAAAGAAACAAACUUUCAGGCGCUGUGUACUCAACGGAUCUGGCGUUCAUACUUGCGAAGAGAUAAUUCAUCUUUAUAUUUGCUUUUUCAGGAACAUGAAGAAAGCUGAUUCCAGGGAAUGGCUUUAUCCUUAAAACUUUUAACUAUGAUAUAGAUGCAUAAUAUUUUUUAUGGAUUUGGAAAGAUAUUCGUAUUGAAGUGUAUGAUUAAACUGACAU